AUGACUGAGUUAAAUAGACGGGCUCCAGACGCGCAUCCUAGCAAAAAGCCAAGACUCAUCACGGAGUUCUUUGCGCAAGCCACGCAGAAACCAGCGAAGAAGAAGUCUCCGGUGAAUGUUAACAAGUUGAAGAUGGACGUUACUGAUCGGGAAGUUGCAAAAUCCAUAAACAACGCUGGAAUUGCAGUGAAAGAAGUAGAGAAAGUGUUUAAGGAAACAACAACAUCGGUCAAUGAUUCAGCCGAUGCAAGUGCUGAACCUAACCUGGAGUUGGAGGAAGAAUCUGUUACAGAAUCCACUACUCCAGAAGUGGCCGACGAUACAAAAAAAAAAGAUUACGCAGAAAUUUGCGCCCAGUUCAAUUUUAAUAAAGAGGAAUGGAUAAAUUCACUUGCUCCGGAACAGAGGCAGUUGCUCACACUCGAGAUCAACACCAUGCACAUCUCGUGGUUAGCAGCUCUCCAUACCGAAUUGACAAAGCCGUAUUUCCUCAAACUCAAGAGGUUUUUACAUGCUCAAGCAGGUAAAACGGUGUUUCCUCCACCGGGUCAUAUUUAUUCGUGGUCACAUUACACCCCACUUCCUGAAGUUAAAUGUCUAAUCUUGGGCCAGGAUCCAUACCAUAACUUCAACCAGGCACACGGGUUGGCAUUCCUGGUACUAGAGCCUACGAGACCACCUCCGUCACUCCUCAAUAUCUACAAAACUUUGAAGAUUGACUUUCCAUCAUUUGAGAUUCCAGAGUACAAGAAGCUCGAAAAGCAGGGAAAGCCGGGUGGAGGAAACUUGACCAAAUGGGCAAAACGAGGCGUGCUCAUGUUGAACGCCUGUUUGACAGUAGAAGCACAUAAGGCUAAUAGCCACGCUAACCAAGGAUGGGAACAAUUUACGGAGCAGGUUAUCAAAGCUGCCAUUACACAUGCAAAGGACAAGAAGAAUGGAUUUGUCAUCAUGGCAUGGGGAAGCCCCGCUCAAAAGAGAGUUGCUCAGUUCACUGCUCAACUUAACUCUGCCAACGGGAUGUUUUUGGUGUUGAAGACAGUGCACCCUUCUCCACUUUCCGCCAGUCGAGGAUUUUUUGAACUGAAAGUAUUCUUCAAGUGCAACGAGUGGCUCAGAGAACAAGGGAAGGAUGCAAUUGACUGGGGUCUUUUUGAAGGAAAUGUUGUGACGGGAUUAUGA